AAUGCCUGGCCUGAGGGGGUGAGCUGACACUGUCCCAGCUGCCACCUAGGCUCAGAGCUCACCUCGACCCCCCCCCAGCGGAGACAUCCCAGCCAUGGCCAUGCAGAAAAUCUUCGCCCGGGAGAUCCUGGACUCCAGGGGCAACCCCACGGUAGAGGUGGACCUGCACACGGCCAAGGGCCGAUUUCGAGCAGCUGUGCCCAGCGGAGCCUCCACUGGUAUCUACGAAGCCCUGGAACUGAGAGAUGGAGACAAGUCCCGCUACCUAGGGAAAGGUGUCCUCAAGGCUGUGGAACACAUCAACAAGACCCUAGGCCCUGCUCUGCUGGAAAAGAAACUCAGCGUGGUGGAUCAAGAGAAAGUUGACAAAUUCAUGAUUGAGCUGGAUGGGACAGAGAAUAAGUCCAAGUUCGGGGCAAAUGCCAUCUUGGGUGUGUCCCUGGCUGUGUGCAAGGCUGGAGCGGCAGAGAAAGGGGUCCCACUCUACCGGCACAUCGCAGACCUCGCCGGGAACCCUGACUUAGUCCUGCCCGUCCCUGCCUUCAAUGUCAUCAAUGGGGGCUCCCACGCCGGGAACAAGCUGGCCAUGCAGGAGUUCAUGAUUUUGCCCGUGGGAGCCAGCUCCUUCAGGGAAGCCAUGCGUAUCGGCGCCGAGGUCUACCACCACCUCAAGGGUGUCAUCAAGGCCAAGUAUGGGAAGGAUGCCACCAACGUGGGGGACGAGGGCGGCUUCGCACCCAACAUCCUGGAGAACAAUGAGGCCCUGGAGCUGCUGAAGACGGCCAUCCAGGCCGCUGGCUACCCAGACAAGGUGGUGAUUGGCAUGGACGUGGCAGCAUCUGAGUUCUAUCGCAACGGGAAGUACGACCUGGACUUCAAGUCACCUGAUGACCCUGCUCGGCACAUCAGUGGGGAGAAGCUGGGCGAGCUGUAUAAGAGCUUCAUCAAGAACUACCCUGUGGUCUCCAUCGAGGACCCAUUUGACCAGGACGACUGGGCCACCUGGACCUCAUUCCUCUCGGGGGUUAACAUCCAGAUUGUGGGGGACGACCUCACAGUCACCAACCCCAAGAGGAUUGCCCAGGCCGUGGAGAAGAAGGCCUGCAACUGCCUGCUGCUGAAGGUCAACCAGAUCGGCUCCGUGACUGAGUCCAUCCAGGCCUGCAAACUGGCUCAGUCUAAUGGCUGGGGGGUGAUGGUGAGCCACCGCUCCGGGGAGACGGAGGACACGUUUAUCGCCGACCUCGUCGUGGGGCUCUGCACAGGGCAGAUCAAGACUGGUGCUCCCUGCCGCUCGGAGCGGCUGGCCAAGUACAACCAGCUCAUGAGGAUUGAGGAGGCUCUCGGGGACAAGGCUGUCUUUGCUGGACGCAAGUUCCGUAACCCGAAGGCCAAGUGAGAAGCUGGACGCCCCAAGACCCCAUGGGACCCAUCUGGGCCCUCAAGCCCUUCCCUGGGAAAUAAAACAGUGGUGGCAACUGAG